AUGGCCAAGAGAAAGCUAAAUGCCCAGGAUAUCCCCGAACCCGUCGACGGGGAAGAUAAUUCGAAAGCAACGUCCACGAAAGCGACCAAGGCAACCUUCGCGACGCUGAACCUCGACUCUCGACUGCUCCAAGCAGUGAACAAAUCCAAGUUCUCAGCUCCCACACCCGUACAGAUCAAGGCGAUACCUCUUGCGAUUGAAGGCAAGGACAUACUUGCACGUGCAAAAACAGGCUCUGGCAAGACGCUCGCAUACCUCCUCCCAACACUUCACAACAUCUUGCAGCGAAAAGCAGCAAACAAGCGCUCGAAGACAACAUCAGCUUUGAUCCUCGUUCCGACCAAAGAACUUGCGACACAAGUAGCGACUACCGUCAAGGACUUCACUUCUUUCUGCGCCGGCGACAUUCGUUGCGAAAACAUCACCAGGAAGGAAGAUGCUGCAGUUACCAAGGCGAGACUGGCAGAGAAGCCGGACAUCGUCGUCGCCACACCAGCAAGAGCCGUGCAGUGGUCGAAUGAUGAGACACUGAAUCUGGAUGAGGUCAAGCAUUUGAUCAUCGACGAGGCAGAUCUCGUGCUGAGCUAUGGCUACGAGGAUGACCUCAAGAGCAUUGCCACUUCUCUCCCGGCCGGCGUGCAGAAGAUGAUGGUGUCUGCGACCAUGCGCACAGAAGUGGAUACCCUAUCGAGUCUGUUCUUCGGCAAGGAAGAGGGAGCUGGACCGGAGGUUCUGGAUUUAUCGAGUGAAGAGGCUGCUGAGAAACCGACACUGGCACAGUACACUGUUCGGACUGCCGAGGACGAGAAGUUCCUGCUCAUCUAUGCUAUCUUCAAGCUGCAGCUCAUCAAGGGCAAGGUCAUCAUCUUUGUUGCAGACAUCGACCGUUGCUACCGCAUCAAGCUGUUUCUGGAGCAGUUUGGCAUCAGGAGUUGUGUGUUGAAUUCGGAGUUACCUGUUAACAGCAGAUUACAUGUGGUGGAAGAGUUCAAUCGCGGUGUCUACGAUAUCAUCAUUGCUGCGGAUGAAGGAGGGGUGGUGGGCAUCGAGGAGGCUAAGAAUGCCCACAGGAAGAGACGAAGGCUAGAAAAGGAAGAGAAGAAGGAAGAGGAAGAAGAAGAAAUCUGGGAGGGUAUGGCAGACGAUGUCGAGGCGGGAGCAGAGGACGGUGAAGAGGAUACUGCUGCACCUGCUGUACAACGACCCGCGAAGAAGGAACGCAAACCUCGCAAUGACCGCGAGUAUGGUGUCUCGCGUGGUAUCGACUUCCGCUACGUGACCUGCGUGCUCAACUUCGACCUACCCACAACCUCGAAAUCUUACACGCACCGCAUUGGCCGCACAGCUCGCGCGGGACAGUCCGGCAUGGCACUAACCUUCUACGUUCCCCAGGAACACUACAGAAAGCACAAACCAACCAGCAUACCCCAAUGCGAGAAAGACGAGAAAGUGCUCGAGAAGAUCAAGCAAAAGCAAGCCGACAAAGGCAGCGAAAUCAAAGAAUGGGGUCUAGACUGGGCAAAGCUCGAAGGCUUCCGAUAUCGACUAGCAGACGCUCUCCGCUCCGUCACUCGCAUCGCGGUCCGAGAAGCCAGAACCAAAGAACUGCGAAAUGAGCUCAUCAAGUCUGAAAAGCUGAAGCGUCACUUCGAGGAGAAUCCGGAGGACUUGAGGCAUUUGAGACAUGAUACCGAGAGCCAUGCGGUGAGGCAGCAGCCGCAUCUGAAGCAUGUGCCUGAUUAUCUCCUACCGAGUGGUGGAAAAGCGGCGGUGAGUAAGGAUGUGGGGUUUGUUUGGAUGAGGAAGGAGAGGGAGAAUCGGAUAAGGAAGGCGAGGGCGGUGAAUAAGGGGAGGGGGAAGGGCAGGCUCGCCAAGGGCAAGGGGUUGGAUCCGUUGAAGAGUCUUAAUGCUAAAGGACGGGGCAAGAAAUAG